AUGGAGACAGAGGUGCCCAUGGAAAGCUCCACUACGCCUGCAGCUCACGUUGCACGCGCUGACUGUCCCCACCUGUCGGACCCAGAAGCAACUGAUGCCGACGUCAAUGCCAUUGACGCCAUGCGAUCGAGCACCCCGACGUCAUCACUGUUGGACGCCGUGAAGGUCGCGUACGCGCACGACGCGGACGCGAAGCUCUUGCUGGCCUACGGCUCAGCACCUUCUGACCAAGCUCGUCAGAAGCUGCCGAAGCAUCUUCGUGCUCGUGCACACCGUUACCGGGUGCACGACGGGUUAUUACUCUACAGCUUCCGCCGUGUCUUUGUCUUCUUCAUGAGCGCGCUUGGCGCCCACCGUGUCGCGAAAGCCGGCCAAGUCCACGCCUCCGAGACGGUUCGACGUCUUGUGGAGCUUGGGGUACUUGGCCGCUUCGGCGGCAUCGUGUGGUUUACGAAGCGCAUCAGCCCUCCCAUGUUCUCGGCGUUGAUCGCCACGCAGACUGGGAACGUCGGUCGCUCUGACCGCUGCCUCAUCACCAAGCGCACUUCGCCCGCUUCGAUGUCCUCGCCAGCGACCACGCCCAACGACUUCGUGCGCACGUUCCUCCCCAGAUACACCUUGCUCGACUCGGCCAGCGCGUUGCCACAGAGCCCCCCGAGUCCACACGGCACGGCGAUGGGCAGUCGCACCACCCAAAGUGAGGCACCGACGGAAGUACUACGCCAAAGUAAGCGCAUCCGUGCCAUGAAGGCAACAACAGCUCUCAAGACAAAGCUGGAUGGCCUUGAAAACAACGCCAGCAACAUGCGAGGAGGCAUCCUCGAGACGCUUCUGCUGCUCCGCGAAGAGAGCAAGCGGAAGGCUGACGCCCGUCACGCCGAGGAAGAUCAGCGCCGCCGCGACGAAAAGGCGGCCAACGAGGCCCGCCUUCUGGAAGCCAAGGCUGAAGCUGAGGCGCGCCGCCGUGAGGAGAAGCUGGAGAGAGAGGACCGUGCGCGCCGUGCGCGCGAAGAUGCGCGCGCCAGCACUCAAGAGCUGCUCAUAUUGAUCGGCGCACUGACUAAGAAGGCGUGA